UUUUAUCUUUCCCCUUUAUCCACCUCCCUCCCUCCCCCAUUGUGCGACGCUGCUCGGUGGUUCUGCCUCUGAUUAGUCUCAAGGCCGCUGGCACUCCGCCCCUAUCCCUACCCGUCGUCCACUGCUGAACGGCAAUUCCCCAACCCUAGCAUCGCAUCUUGAUUCACGCCCUAACGGUUGUAGUUUCUUUCUACUCGUUGAUUAAUAAGAUGUUAUCGUCAUUGGGAAUGAGUGUGAAUAGCAAUUGCUCUUACAAACCCUCUACUGGCACAAACGUUGAUGGGGAAUCAGUCCUGUUGAACCCCUCCACCGUUAAUUUCCCCCUGCUCAAGCUCCCCGCCGCUGCUAAAUUCAGCCAUGCCUCCAGAAGAUUCAGGAACCCUACUGCAGCGGCAUCUGGAGUAAUUGCAGCUGAAACGCCACUGGAAUCUGAGAAGCUUGGAGUGGUUGUGAAGCCAAUGGAGAAACCUCGGCUGGUGUUGAAGUUCAUUUGGAUGGAGAAAAACAUCGGGCUAGCCCUGGACCAAGUGAUUCCGGGAUAUGGAACCAUUCCUGUAAGUCCUUACUAUUUUUGGCCAAGAAAAGAUGCUUGGGAAGAGCUUAAGAUGAUGCUUGAAAGUAAGCCCUGGAUUUCUCAAAAACAGGUAAUUAUUCUUCUCAAUCAAGCCACUGAUAUUAUUAACUUAUGGCAGCAAAGUGGUGGUGAUUUACAGUAACUUCUUGUUGCUUAUUGCCUUUCAAGUUUUAUUUAGUAGACCUGAUAAUGUUCACAAAUUGAUACAGUAACUUCUUGGUUUAUCUGAAUGAUAUAAAUGACCGUUUUACCGUUCA